CAUAAAUAUAAAAACCGUGUCCAUGUUAAAUAAAAGACAAUGUCCGUGUAAGUUUAAGAUUUUGUGAUUUUAAUCCAGAUAAAUUGUUUGUCGUUCCGCGUAAAAAUUAUAUGAGUUAACUAAAAUACCUGAUGACUUUUAUCAUAAAUUUGAUAGUAAUAAAAAAAGAGUUGGAAAUUAGCUAAAAAAUAUGAUAACUCACAAAUGCAGGAUGAUAUAAUACCGAGUUUGUUUACUUGUACAAAUAUACAACUUGUAUUAGGGUAUUUUAGUGUCUUAUUGGUGGAUGUGUGAUGGUAAAACUAUUUUAAAUAAAAUAUAUAUUUAUAAAUAUUGUCCUUAAUAAAAUAAGGUUGUAUGCAUUUAAUUACCGUGUGUACAACCAAAUAGUUUUAACCGGUUAUAUGAGUAAUAGAAAUGCUGAAACAAUUGCAAACGGGGAUGAGGGCUUUCCUUCUAAUGGCUUCACGUGUGUGGACCUGCAUCUGCUUUCUUCUAAAGAAGCAGGUUAGAGCCAUUUCACAGAUGCAACCGGUUAAAUAUGAAAUUUUUCCACUAUCACCGCUGUCAAAACAUCGAUUAAGUAUAGUGAAGAGAAAAGUACUAGUAUUAGAUUUAGACGAAACAUUAAUACAUUCACAUCAUGAUGGAGUAGCAAGACCGACAGUCAGACCGGGAACUCCACCGGAUUUUGUACUGAAAGUGACAAUUGAUCGACAUCCAGUGAGAUUUUUCGUCCACAAAAGACCACAUGUUGAUUUUUUUUUGGAUAUUGUAAGUCAGUGGUACGAGUUGGUUGUAUUCACAGCAUCAAUGGAAAUAUAUGGAGCUGCAGUUGCUGAUAAAUUGGACAACAAUCGUGGCAUACUUAGACGUAGAUAUUACAGACAACACUGUACUCCUGAAAUGGGAUCAUAUACUAAGGACUUAGCAGCUAUUUGUUCCGAUUUAACGUCAGUUUUUAUACUUGACAAUAGUCCUGGUGCUUACCGAGCUUAUCCACAUAAUGCAAUACCAAUAAAAUCAUGGUUCAGUGAUGCUGGUGAUACAGCAUUAUUAAGUUUAUUACCUGUAUUAGAUGCACUUCGUUUUACUCAAGACGUGCGCUCAGUUCUAUCAAGAAAUUUACAUUUACCCCAUAGUGGGGGUGGUGGGUGGUAGCAGUCUAGUGUUUUUAUUAUGCUCGAUUGAUUUGCUGAAAUAGUUUAAUUAAUUAUAAUUAUAAUUACAAUAAUAAUAAGAAUAAUAAUAAUAAUAUUAAUAAUGAUAAUGAUAACAAAUUAAUAAAUAAUAAUAAUAAUUA